GUCGGUGUGUUUUUGUUGACGCACAAGGUUGACCGCUGAUAUUACGAAAAGAACAUGGAGUUUGCGGAGCUAAUAAAGACGCCCAGGGUGGACGGAGUUGUCCUGCAUCGGCCUUUUCUGCCCACGGUGGAGGGGACCCUGUGUCUCACCGGACACCAUCUGAUUCUGUCCUCCAGGCAGGACAACACGGAGGAGUUAUGGCUUCUCCAUUCAAACAUCGAUGCCAUAGAGAAAAGAUUUGUGGGUUCACUUGGAAGCGUCAUUGUUAAAUGCAAAGACUUGAGGAUUAUAAAGUUGGACAUUCCCGGCAUGGACGAGUGUUUAAACAUUGCCAGUUCUAUUGAGGCUUUGUCCACGCUGGAUUCAGUAUCUUUGAUGUACCCUUUUUUUUAUCGGCCCAUGUUUGAAGUAAUUGAGGAUGGCUGGAACACUUUUCGCCCUGAGGAUGCUUUCAAAGAUCUGGAGUCUAUGACUGAUGAAUGGAGACUAAGUGAUGUCAAUAAAGACUUCAGCAUCUGUCCAUCAUACCCACCAUUAGUGGCUGUGCCUAAAGAUAUUGAUGAUGACACAUUAAGGAAAGUUGCAACCUUCCGUCACGGUGGUCGCUUCCCAAUACUUAGCUAUUACCACAAAAAGAAUGGCAUGGUGAUGAUGCGAGCUGGACAGCCUCUAACAGGCACCAAUGGAAGACGUUGUAAAGAGGAUGAGAAGCUGAUCAAUGCCACUUUACGUCCUGGUAAACGUGGAUAUAUCAUUGACACACGUACCAUUAACGUGGCCCAGCAGGCAAAGGCCAAAGGAGGAGGAUUUGAAUCUGAGGCAAACUACCCACAGUGGAGGAGGAUACACAAAGCUGUCGAAAGGUCAAAUGUGCUGCAAGAGAGCCUGAUUAAACUGGUUGAAGCCUGUAAUGACCAGACCCACAGCAUGGAUCGAUGGCUGAGCAAGCUGGAAGCCUCAAACUGGCAGACUCAUGUCAAGGAGAUCCUGACGACAGCUUGUCUGGCUGCCCAAUGCAUUGAUAGAGAAGGUGCAUCAGUGCUUGUUCACGGCACAGAGGGCACAGACUCAACCCUGCAGGUUACCUCUUUGGCCCAGAUCAUUCUUGAUCCAGCUUCAAGAACCAUCCGAGGAUUUCAGAAUCUGGUGGAGAGAGAGUGGCUCCAGGCUGGUCACCCAUUCCAAGUGCGGUGCUCUCAAUCGGCCUAUUCCAACACUAAAUCACGUCAGGAGGCCCCAGUGUUCCUGCUCUUCUUAGACUGUGUGUGGCAGAUCCUUCGACAGUUUCCAUGCUCCUUUGAAUUCAGUGAGAGUUUCUUGGUACUGCUGUUUGAACAUGCCUAUGCCUCUCAGUUUGGGACCUUCCUUGGCAACUGUGCAGCUGACAGAGUAAAGCUGGGUCUGCCAGACAAGACGGUGUCUCUCUGGUCCUGGGUGAACAGGCAGCAGGAGCUCGAGCGACUGACCAACCCACUGUAUGAGGCCAACAGUUUAGUGAUCUGGCCCUCAGUCGCUCCCCAGAGUCUGCUUUUAUGGGAAGGAGUGUUUCUUCGCUGGAACCGCUCCUCCAAGUGUCUGGAUGAGGCGUAUGAAGAAAUGGUUCAUAUCAUAGAGUACAACAAGGAGCUGCAGAACAAAGUGAACAGCCUCCGCAGGCAGCUGGCUCAACUGGAGACCGAGGACCCACUGCUGCAGUCACCAUAAAUGGGUAACAUUGACAAAAGUAUGCCCCAAGAAGAAGGUGAUGGGUUGAACUGUCAAAAAUAAAAAGGUGUUCAUGAAUUUUCCUUUAAAGAAGACAUAUUAUGCACUAUAGAGAUUUUUAAAGAGUAAUAUUGAUCUAAAACAAAGAAACAUGUCCACUGACUUCUGAUUGACAACUGUGGUGCUGAUUUCCACCAACCCCUUUUCCACUGUAAAUGUCAUCUCAGCUAAGUACUGUGCUGCUUGGAGGUUAGGUAAAACGCAAUUUCUUUAAGCAAUGGUGUCUUGAAUGCAGGAGAAUACACAUUAUUUAAACAUGCAUGAAACACUCUAAAUCACUGAAAAUAAAUCUUUGAGUGGGUAAAUUAAAAGGAAAAGCAAUCCAAACAGUGUUCUCGUAAAGAACAGUUUUACAUAAUAUGUCUUUCUUAAAACUCUGUGGGUUUGUCUAUUGUACAGCGUCUUGCACUUGGAUUUUGUUUAUUAAACAGCUACAUAUGCACUCCACUCCCCCUGCCAAAUGCCGUGUCUCCGUGGAAACAUAAUAUAGGAUCCAUAAGGCCAGUCACGAUGCAAUGAUAUGUGUAGGCAGAGUCACCACCUACUCAACUGUAUUUGCUUAUAUAAAUUCAUAGGACCAAAUGUGUAUCACUUACGUUAUAUGUUUCUGUUACUAUUAAAAAUACUAGAAUAUCAAUAUAAUUACACAAAGGGAGGGGGUUUGGACAAAUGGGUAGUAUAUUCAGCAAAAAUAUGGGUAUAUGGGUGAAGCUUGUGUGUCUUCAAAGGUUCUAAACCCAAAAAAUGAUUAAAAAAUAAUGUUUGAAGGAAACCACAUCUAAAUUGCACAGACAUAUCUCUGUCCUGACAUUUUGUGAAAUCAAAAUGUGAUACCUUUUUGUAACUAAUACAGUAGAUGCUCAUAUUGCACUGUAUCAUAAAAACUAAUAAUACAUGUGUUUUACUCCAGCAUUUUAAGGGUUUAAGUAUAAUUUUAAGAGCAGAUUCAACAAUACCAUCCUAAAGAUGAUUCAUUAACUUGAAUCAGUGGUAAUUAUAGUGAUCUAACCCAUAUAAGAAACUCAUUUUGGUAUGAGCAUAUGAAGGACUGGUACUUCAUUAUUGAGCACUUUAUUACACAAACUUGAAAAUAACUGGUGAUUGUAAGUGUGCUGGUUUAGCCUCUUAUGCCCGAAGUUCCUGAGUUUUCUCAAUGGAAACAUUCACACUAAUCUGUAAUCCGACUGUCGCUAUUACACUAACAGCUUUAUUGAUUGCAAGUUUACUUGCUCUUACUUUGUAAGAGCUCUGUAAGUAUCACUGGAAAUACUGCUGUAUUUUCAUAGUCUGAACAUCUCGUUUACUUAAUUAUGACAAUGAGCUUGCAGGUGUCUUUUUCAAUUUGCCACUUUGGUUUUGCCUUAAAAUAUGUGACAUAUGAAUGGCAUCACUAUCUAUUGAUGUUGUAAUUGCUUUGAAAAUACAAUGCACAUUAAACACAUUCUUAUGCAACCAA